AUGACUCAAUUUACUUGGAAGGUAGAGGGUAUUCCUCAAGCAUCCUCUCAACCGAACGAGAAACCUAAGGGAGUGACGGAGACACUGGUCGAGAACGAAGAAACUAAGCUGCAAGCACUAUAUGAACCAAUUAAGAAUGAUAAGGGAGAAGGAAAGGGCCAAAUGGAGAAAGACACUAUCGACCAGAUAUGUCAAGAGUGUUCUGCAAGAACAACGCAACCCAUACGAGAGACUCCGGGGAGAGGAACUGGUCAAGAGAAAAAACCCGAGCUGCGAGCACCAUAA